CUUUGCUCCCUUCCGUGUUCAUAUGUCAUAUCUCAUAUAUACCCAAAAAGACUGAUUAAAAAAUAUACAGAAAACGGAAACAUGUCGUUCUCUUCGUACAUUGGGAGCAACACUCGCCGUGGAGGAGGAGCCGGCACCAGCUGGGCCCACUCACUCCUCCCUUUCACCACCGCAUCCACCACCACUGGCAAAUCAAAGCUUCCAUCAAGAAAAUUACGAAGACGUACGGCUCUGGCUAACUUCCUCUUCACCAACUUCUUUGCUAUAGCACUUUCAAUUUCCCUUCUCUUCCUUUUCUUCACAAUUCUUCAUUUUGGUAUCCCAAAACCUCUUUCCUCUCCUUUCAAAUCAAGACCUAGUUUUCGUGUUACUAAGUUUCGGAAGACGAUCCCUCGGAAGCCUCAAAUUGAUAAAAGUACUAACAACGGUGACGUUUUGGGAGCUGUUGUGGAUAUAACGACCAAGGAUUUGUAUGAUAAGAUCGAGUUCUUGGAUAUCGAUGGUGGGCCAUGGAAGCAAGGAUGGAGAGUUAGUUAUUUAGGGGAUGAGUGGGAUAGUGAGAAGUUGAAGGUGUUUGUAGUGCCUCAUUCUCAUAAUGAUCCUGGUUGGAAGCUUACUGUGGAUGAGUAUUAUGAGAGGCAAUCAAGGCACAUACUUGAUACAAUUGUGGAGACACUUUCUAAGGAUGUUCGGCGGAAAUUCAUAUGGGAAGAAAUGUCUUACCUCGAGAAAUGGUGGAGAGAUGCAACAGAUGACAAAAGAGAAUCUUUUACCAAUUUAGUGAAGAAUGGCCAGAUAGAAAUUGUUGGAGGUGGAUGGGUAAUGAACGAUGAGGCCAAUUCACAUUAUUUUGCCAUAAUUGAGCAGAUUACAGAGGGAAAUAUGUGGUUGAAUGAAACUAUUGGUUUUGUUCCUAAGAAUUCUUGGGCAAUAGAUCCAUUUGGCUACUCAGCUACCAUGGCAUAUCUUCUCCGUCGCAUGGGUUUUGAGAACAUGCUUAUCCAGAGGACCCACUACGAAGUAAAGAAGGAACUCGCACUGAAUAAAAAUUUGGAAUACGUAUGGCGACAGAGCUGGGAUGCUGAAGAAACAACUGAUAUUUUUGUGCACAUGAUGCCCUUUUAUUCCUAUGAUGUUCCUCAUACCUGUGGGCCAGAGCCUGCUAUUUGUUGUCAGUUUGAUUUUGCCCGGGUACACGGCUUUUAUUAUGAGAUGUGCCCAUGGGGGAAAAACCCGGUGGAGACCAAACAGGACAAUGUGCAUGAAAGGGCCCAAAAGUUACUAGAUCAAUACAGGAAAAAGUCAAUGCUAUACCGGACUAAUACUCUCCUUGUUCCUCUUGGAGAUGAUUUUCGUUAUGUCACUGUUGAUGAGGCAGAGGCUCAGUUUCGGAAUUACCAGAUGUUAUUUGAUUAUAUCAACUCUAAUCCUAUGUUAAAUGCGGAAGCAAAAUUUGGUACUUUGGAAGAUUACUUCCAAACUCUUCGAGAGGAGGCUGAUAGAAUAAAUUAUUCACGUCCUGGAGAGCUUGGCUCUGGUCAAAUUGGAGGUUUUCCAUCUUUAUCUGGAGACUUCUUUACUUAUGCUGAUAGACAACAAGACUACUGGAGUGGCUAUUAUGUUUCUAGGCCAUUCUUCAAGGCUGUUGAUCGGGUACUAGAGCAAACUCUUCGUGCUACUGAAAUGAUGAUGUCUUUGUUACUUGGUUAUUGUCAGAGGGCACAAUGUGAAAAGUUGGCCACAGGAUUUGCUUAUAAGUUGACUGCUGCCAGGAGGAAUUUAGCUCUUUUUCAACACCACGAUGGCGUGACUGGUACUGCUAAGGAUCAUGUUGUUCGUGAUUAUGGACUUCGGAUGCAUACUUCCUUGCAGGAUUUACAGCUUUUUAUGUCUAAAGCUAUUGAAGUACUGCUUGGUAUUCGCCAUGAAAAAUCUGAUCAUAAUCCAUCCCAGUUUGAGGCAGAGCAGGUGAGAUCUAAAUAUGAUGUUCAGCCACUGCAUAAAGCAAUCAGUGCUUCUGAAGGAACCUGGCAGUCAGUUAUCCUUUUUAACCCUUCGGAGCAAACAAGGGAAGAGGUUGUGAUGGUUAUUGCCAAUGGGCCAGAUGUUACUGUUCUGGAGUCUAACUGGACUUGUGUUCCAAGCCAAGUUUCUCCUGAACUGCAGCAUGAUAAAAGCAAGAUAUUUACUGGGAGGCAUCGUGUUCACUGGAAAGCUUCUGUUCCUGCCAUGGGGUUGCAAACAUAUUAUAUUGCUAAUGGUUUUGUGGGAUGUGAAAAGUCCAUACCAGCAAAAUUAAAGUACUUCUCAACGUCUGAUUCGUUUUCAUGUCCCACUCCAUAUGCUUGCUCUAAAUUAGAAGGUGAUGUGGCUGAAAUCCACAAUCAACAUCAAACUCUCACUUUCGAUGUCAAGCUUGGUUUGUUGCAGAAAAUUAGCCAAAACAAUGGCUACGAGAAUGUCGUGGAAGAGGAAAUAGCUAUGUAUAAUAGUCCUGGAAGUGGGGCCUACCUUUUUAAACCUGAUGGUGAUGCUCAGCCAAUUAUUGAGGCAGGUGGGAACAUGCUGAUCUCUGAAGGCCCACUUAUGCAGGAAGUAUACUCUUAUCCCAAAACAAGAUGGGAACAAAGCCCCAUUUCCCAUAGUACCAGAAUUUAUAAUGGAGGCAAUACCAUACAAGAGUUUCUCUCUGAGAAAGAAUAUCAUGUUGAGCUUCUUGGCGAGGAAUUUGAUGACCAGGAGAUUAUAGUUAGAUAUAAGACAGAUUUUGAUAAUAAAAGGAUCUUUUAUUCUGAUUUAAAUGGCUUGCAGAUGAGCCGCAGAGAAGCUUAUAAUAAGAUCCCAUUGCAAGGGAAUUACUAUCCUAUGCCAUCUCUUGCAUUCAUGCAAGGAUCCAAUGGCCAGAGGUUUUCUGUGCAUUCUAGACAAUCAUUGGGCGUGGCUAGCCUUAAAGAGGGAUGGUUAGAGAUUAUGCUUGACCGCCGGUUGGUAAGGGAUGAUGGACGUGGCCUUGGGCAAGGAGUGAUGGAUAACCGUCCAAUGAAUGUGAUCUUUCACAUCCUUGUGGAGUCUAACAUUUCUUCCACUUCAAAUCAUGUUUCCAAUCCUCAUCCACUGAGUCCCUCUCUCCUUUCUCAUCGUGUUGGAGCUCACUUGAACUACCCUUUACAUGCAUUUGUUGCGAAGAACACCCAAGAGUUAUCUACACAGCCACCUGCAAGAUCCUUCUCCCCUUUAGCUGCUCCAUUACCCUGUGAUUUGCACAUAGUGAAUUUUAAAGUUCCCCGGCCAUCAAAAUAUUCUCAGCUGCAGAUUGAAGAUUCUAAGUUUGUUCUAAUCUUACAAAGGCGACAUUGGGAUACUUCAUAUUGUCGGAAAGGCAGAUCACAAUGCACUAGUUUUGCAAAUGAGUCGAUAAAUCUUUUCAACAUGUUCAAGGGGCUUGCAGUAUUGAAUGCAAAAGCAACGUCUUUGAAUCUUCUUCACGAAGAUACGGAGAUGCUUGGGUACUCUGAGCAGGUUAACGAUGUAGCUCAAGAUGGGCAUGUAUUCAUCUCGCCUAUGGAAAUACAAGCAUACAAGUUGGAGUUGCGGCCGCACCAGUAAAAACCAAAUAUUAGUUUGCUUGUAUCUUUGUGGAUGAAGAUUUUCUGAGCAGCAGAAAGCAUGGAUUUUUCUUAUCCCUUCUGUCAUCUGUCAUUUGCCAACAUAACCAAAGCUUCUCAGGAUUCAAGAGUAAUUUAGCUGCAUCUAUGAAAUAUCUGACCAAGUGAAGGGCAUAGCAGAGGCUGAUACUGUAUCGCUGGAAGGCUACAUUAUUAAGUUAUGAGAAGGUUUCAGCACACAUUUUUAGAUUUUGUGUAAACAUUCUGUUGGUACACAGAUGGAAAAUUUUGAAUGAGACAUUAUUUUAUCGCGGGGAAACUGUUUGUUUUCCUGGCAGAACCAUAGAUUAACCUUGAUGAUAUUUGAAUUUUGCUGUGGUUAUGUGGGUAUUGUAAUAUAUACUGCUUCUGGGAUAAUAAUUUCGGGAUGAAGAAAUAUAUUUGUAGAGUAAUGUGAAGUGAUUAGGCAUUAACAGUAAUAUCAGCAGUUUCCUUUUGUUUUUUUGUCUCAA